AUGUUUAAUUGUUGGUUAUUACUAUUAUUCUGUUUGGUGACCAGAGGGUUUGAAAUUGUUGCAGAACCUCAGAACCUGGAUGACAAUGAUAGUGAAGUGGCUGGAAUGAAAUUGACUUCUAUCCAUGAAGGUGCCGGAAUUGAAUAUGCAUUCCUUGGCAACACCAGUAGAGAUUUCAAUUUCAAUGAAUCCAAUAAUGAUUUAUACUUCCUUGUUCCGGCAAGAGAUGAGUUUGGUAAUACAACUUUUCAACAGAGUUUAUAUGUUGAUCUUGGAGAAGACGACCUGAAUUCGGGUGUGGUUCAAUUUACCAUCGGCGGACAAAGUUAUGUUUCAAUUGAUGAUGAAGGGUUAAUCAGAGUAAGAAAUUCAAAUGCCUUCUUUGCCUGUAAGAAUAUACCUGAGUUGGCAGGAUACACAAACUCGGUGAAAAAUUGGGCUGUCAUGUUAUACCCCUACGGAGGGGCUCCUGACACAUGUGUGUAUAUCAAAUUAGUAGCUGAAGGUUGGGGAAGUUCCAAUUCCACUUCCCAGAGUCUGACGGUAUCUGUUAGUUCCACAGAAAGUUCGAAAGGAUCCAGUUCAACAGUUUCAACAUCAUCAUCCUCAGAAUCUUCAAAGACUUCAGAAACCUCAGAAACUUCUUCUAUUUCAACUGAUUCUCAGCUGGCAUCCAGUAAUACUUCAGGUAAUUCGGGGUUGAUUAAUAAACCAACUAUCCCAUUAGCUUUAGUCUUUUUAUUUAAUUUAUUGUAA